GGCUUUGCGGGAGGAGAAGCUCAUGCUGGGUAGCCAGCUUUGAAGGCCUGGAAGGCUCCUCCCAGGGGUGGGGAAGUCCAGGCUGGGAGUGAAUGAACUUCCUGGAAGACAUUCACAGAAACGAAAGUGGAAGCAAAUAACCUGCAUGUAGAGCUUUCCUGAAGGGUGUUUCUGGAUCUGUUGGAGCCCCUAAAAGUACAAGCAAAAGUGAUUUCUGCUGUUCUGUGCCCGGUUCUGAAGCCUCGGCUGUCACCAAACACUCAUGCCAGUGACCAUAGAUGCUGCCCUCUGCACCCUUCAGGAGGAGCAGGCCAGACUAAAGAUGAGGCUGCAGGAGCUGCAGCAGCAGAGGAGCAAGCUCAGGGCCUCCCCCAAAAAUAAGGCCCUAUUCCCAGUGCCGGAAGUCCCUCUGGUCUUCCGAGGACACACUAGGCAGGGCAGGAGUGUGUCUCGGUCUUUGGUUUCCAACAUGAAGAUCUGCUGCCCUCUACCUGGAGGCUCUGCUCUGGUCACCUUUGAUGACCCCAAAGUGGCCGAGCAGGUGCUACAACAACUGGAGCAUAAGAUUGACAUGGAGGAGUUCAGACUGCGGGUGCAAGUCCAGCCCUUGAGACUGCCCACGGUGACCACCAUCCAGGUGUGUAGCAAACCAGCCAGCCACAGCGUGCUGGUCAGCGGCUUUCCCGCUGGACUCAAGCUGACUGAGGAGGAGCUGCUGGACAAGUUGGAGAUCUUCUUUGGCAAGGCCAGGAAUGGGGGUGGGGACGUGGAGACUCGGGAGCUACUGCAAGGGAAUGUCAUGCUGGGGUUUGCUGAGGAAGAGGUGGCCCAGCACCUGUGCCGCAUUGGUCAGUUCAGCGUGCCGCUGGGCCGGCAGCAGGUUCCUCUGAGGGUCUCUCCCUACGUGAGCGGGGAGAUUCGGAAGGCCGAGAUCAGGUUCCAGUCAGCGUCCCACUCGGUGCUGGUGCUCAACAUUCCCGACGUCCUGGACGCCCAGGAGCUGCACGACGUCCUGGAGAUCCACUUCCAGAAGCCCACCCGGGGAGGCGGCGAGGUGGCGGCCCUGGCGGUGGUGCCCCCAGGACAGCGAGGCCUGGCGGUCUUCACGUCCGAGAGCGCCUAAGUCUGCACGCUCACCCACGGGGGCAGGGAACCACGAACUGCCAGACACUGCCAAGAUCAGUAAAAGUUCCAGUAUGGCAUGGA